ACCGACUUCCGCUUUAGCUGUGCGCGUUCCCGACGCUGUGCAACCAACAAUUCUUACCAGGCAGAACUUGGUAAAUCAAUCAAUGUCUUUUAUGAGAACCCAAUCUUGUACGUAAACUGUAUUUUUUUUAACGCGCUGCCUAAGGUUAAAAUUAAGGUUGGAAUUGUAGCUGAAUGAGAAUAUUGUAUUAACGGGUUCCGGUUAAGACUAAGCCUGUGAUUACGUAUUGAAGGUGGAAAUCAGUUUUCUUCUCGUUAAAACAUUUCAUAAGGGGAAACUGUUGGCGUAAUAUCAGCCCCAGGAAGUGUUCUCAGGAAGUAGUUUGUGUAUGAGUGACAGCUGUGCGCUGGUGACAGCCCACACCGGGACGGCGGCCCCGCAUAGCCGAGGCGAGACUCAAGAUGGCAGGUCUAUCUUUAUACUUUGAAGAUGGCCAUGAUGAUUUGGAUGACUUUGGAUUCGAUGACUAUGGUUCAGAUUGUGAUAGUAUUCGUAUCACAGCUUUCCUGGAUGCAGGACAAGACAACCUCACCCCCCUUGGGAGGCUAGAAAAGUACGCCUUCAGUGAAAAUGUUUUUAACAGGCAAAUCGUGGCACGUGGCCUGCUCGAUGUGCUGCGGGAGUUCAGUGACAAUGAAAAUGAUUUCAUCAGUGUCAUGGAGACAGUUGCCAGAAUGUCAGAAGAUGGAGAGCCCACAGUGCGAGCUGAGCUGAUGGAGCAGGUUCCCAACAUUGCCAUGUUUUUACAUGAGAGUCGGCCCAAUUUCCCUGCUGCUUUCUCAAGAUACUUAGUACCAAUUGUGGUGGGUUACCUCACUGAUCCCAAUAACCAGGUGCGGAAAACAAGUCAAGCAGCACUGCUUGUUCUGUUGGAACAGGGCCUCAUCUCUAAAGGUGACAUGGAGACCAAAGUGUGUCCAGUUCUUUUGGACCUGACAGAACCCAGCAGUGACGAUGACUACAAAAUAGAGGCAGUUGCUAUCAUGUGUAAAGUUGUGACCAUGUUGAGCAAAGACACAGUGGAACAUCUACUAUUGCCACGUUUUUGUGACUUGUGCAGUGACGCCAGACUCUUUCAAGUGCGCAAGGUCUGUGCAGCAAAUUUUGGAGAGUUCUGUUCCAUUGUAGGUCAAGAAGCUACAGAGAGACUAUUGAUGCCCAAGUUCUUUGACCUGUGCUCUGACAGUCUGUGGGGCAUCAGAAAAGCCUGUGCUGAGUGCUUCAUGAUGGUCUCUAACUCCACCUCCUCAGAGGUGCGACGUGCAAAGCUGUCGCCCUUGUUCAUCAGCCUCAUUAGUGACCAGUCACGCUGGGUUCGUCAGGCUGCCUUUCAGUCUCUAGGACGAUUUAUCUCCACUUUUGCUAACCCUUCCAGCGCAGGCCUUCAUUUCAGAGAGGAUGGAGCUUUACUAGAGGUCCCCAAAACGAUGUCAGAAAGUGACUGCUCCUUAAACUCUUUGAACUGCCCUGGUAUCAGUAGCUGCCUCACAGAAAGAACCAUUGUUCACACACCUCCCAACCAGGACGGGCGUGCAACGCCAUCGCCAGAGCACGUGUUAACAGCUGACAAUGAGGACCCGCACAACCCCGAUGACAACCACACCAUGUCCAGAGAGAUGGAGGAAAGUUUCUCCCAACUUAUUUUAAACAAUGCUGCAAACGCUGCUACGAGCACAAAAGAGAUGGAGCAGACCGAUGAAAACUUUAACUCUUUCCACUACUGGAGGUCUCCAUUACCAGACAUCAGCGGUGAGCUGGAGAUGCUAAGUUGUCAAACAUCAGAGGAAGUGACAAAGCAGGAGGAAAAGACAGAGAAACACCAAGCUGAGGAUAACUGUCCUGACUCCAAGUCUAGUCGCAGCAAAUCUACCAGCGACCAGAUACAGAAAGUUUUAGACUGUUUGCAGCCACACAUUGAUGAUCCUGAUGUACAGGCCCAAUACCAGGUGUUGUCAGCAGCUCUGAAGGCAGCCCAGCUAGACAGUCCAACAGACGACAGUCCAGCAGACGACAGUCCAGCAGACGACAGUCCAGCAGACGACAGCCCUACAGACGACAGCCCUACAGACGACAGCCCUACAGACGACAGUCUAGCAGAUGACAGCCCUGAAGACGUCAGUCCUGCGGACAAAAGCCCUGAGGAUAACAGUCCCACAGACAGCAGUUCUACAGACAGCGGCCCUACAGAUAAUAGCCUAACGGACCACAGCACCACAGACAACAGUCGGACAACCCCUACAGAAGAGAAUGCAGACAGUUGCACUGAAGACUUGCCUGAGGGGAAUGAACCUGCGGAAUUUCAGCCCGAGAGCGAGGAGAUCCCCGCAGAAGAAGAACCAAUGAUGGAGUGUCCACCAACCGUAGAGCCCAGCACUUUCCAAGAGCAAGGAGACGAAGAGACACAAACAGAGCCCCAGGAGGAUCAUGAGGACCAGGAGGACUCUCCUCCUAACUCACCAAUUCUAGAUUCUGAACUGAUUGAGUGUGUGGAGGAAGAAGGAAAAGAUGACUCAGAUUUCAGCCCAAUGUCAGACGAUAGGCCUAAGGUCCAGAAUGUUAUCCCACAGCAACUCUUGGAUCAAUACCUCUCUAUGACAGACCCGGCCCGGGCCCAGACAGUUGAUACAGAGAUAGCCAAACACUGUGCCUUCAGUUUGCCUGGAGUCGCUCUUACUUUGGGGCGACAGAACUGGCACUGCCUCAAAGACACAUAUGAAACCCUCGCUACAGAUGUACAGUGGAAGGUGCGGCGUACCUUAGCGUUCUCCAUUCAUGAGCUGGCAGUGAUUCUAGGAGACCAGCUGACAGCAGCAGAUCUUGUACCCAUUUUCAAUGGUUUCCUUAAAGACCUGGAUGAAGUUCGAAUCGGCGUGCUCAAACACCUGUACGACUUCCUCAAGUUGCUGCACGCAGACAAGAGGAGGGAGUAUCUGUACCAGCUGCAGGAGUUCAUGGUGACAGACAACAACCGCAACUGGAGAUUCAGAUAUGAACUGGCAGAGCAGCUGAUCUUAAUCAUUGAGUUGUACAGCCACUACGAUGUGUAUGACUACCUCAGACAGAUAGCCCUCACACUCUGCUCUGAUAAAGUCUCGGAGGUCAGGUGGAUCUCAUAUAAACUGGUUGUAGAGAUCCUGCAGAAGCUGUAUGCAUGUGGUGCUGAUGAGCUAGGCCUCAACUUUAUCAACGAACUCACCGUCAGGUUCUGCCACUGUCCCAAAUGGGUUGGGAGGCAGGCUUUCGCCUUCAUCUGUCAGGCCAUAGUGGAAGAGGAAUGUAUGCCCAUGGAGCAGUUCAGCCAGCACCUCCUACCCAGCCUCCUCAGUCUCUCACAUGACCCAGUGGCUAAUGUCCGUGUACUGGUGGCUAAGGCUCUACGUCAAAGUGUCAUGGAGAAAGCUUACUUUAAGGAACAGGGCUGUGCCUACUCUGAUGAGCUGGAAGAGACUGUGAUGGCAUUACAGUCAGACAAGGAUCGUGAUGUCCGCUUCUUUGCCAGCCUGGACCCCAGCAAAGGCUUGUUGGACACGGCUUCUCUGACCUAGCCUCAGUGUAAAUGUCCAGUUUACAGCUCAUCUGCCUGUCUAUCUACCUGUCUGUCUGACUGAUGCACAGUCAGCACAACCAGCAACACCAGCACCUGACCAGAUGACCGACCACUCGCCUGCUGGACAGACCUGCACCAGCCGCCACUUGAAUCCUGACACCUUUUCAGAUUAAAGUGUAGAGUGUGAGCAUGUUCAAACAAACACAGCUCAACUGUCUGUGGUUGGACCUUUUAUAGCACAUCUUACUUUUAUACCACAGUCCAAACCUCUCAGUGUUUUCAGGAAAUGAGCAGGACUCAAGAAGACGGCCCCUCCUCGUUUCAUAGGAGCGGCCGCAUUUUCACCUGAAUUUAUCCUUUUUCUCACCUUCUACACUAACAGAAAUUACUCACUCCCCAGUUAUUUGAUUUGUUAAACUAAACUGAUUUUUUUUUCGGAGCUAACGUUAAGCUUGAGAGAAAUUUGCUUGAUUUGUUUUUCUAUGAUUAUCCCUCAUUGCUUGUUCUUGUGAAUUUCUUAAUGAACAUGCAGGUGAGGCCUGCCAGACUCUGACGUGUGCACUAACUCAGGGGACAGACCAGUCAAACUAAGUAGCUCUGCUGUUGUAUUUUAGCCUCAUUUCCUGACAUAUGUCUUUUGUCUAAGACAACCUUAAUUUCGUGAAUUGUUAUCUGGAUUGUUUUCCAAUUUCCUCCUUUCGACUUUUAUUUCACUACCUGGUCUCCUUGGGCCAGUGAAACCACUACAGCUGCAUAGAUGGAACAGUGAAUUUUCCUCAGUGUGUUUCUCAGACCUUUUUCCAAACAACAAGCUGUUGACCUCUUCACCCCCCCUGCCCCUCCCAACCCAAAAAAGUCUGAUGUAACAAGAAUGGCACACAACCUUACCCCCAAGCAUCAGGAGACAAUUGAUUACCUCUGUUUGAACUUGACUGGCCAGUGUGUUAUAUAGAGGUGUGUGGUUCUCACUGAUCCUGAAUGUCCUUCGAUAAAUGGGUUAAAAAAAUGUUUUAACCAGUUCUGUUGCGUCAACUCCAACUUCUCUACAAGGGCUGUCAUUAAUGCGCCACAUGUUGAGGUCAGUUUUGGAGAAGAGUUUGAAGGCGAGUGCACUGUUUGAUUAUUCAUGCAUGCUUUAACCCUGGCCCGCCCCCCCAUCCUACUCUUUGUACAGUCUAUUCCAACUCAAAUGGUUGACCUCGAGGUAUGAACUAUGUGACCAUGAUAGAUUUCAGUGAAACUGAUUGACCAGUUGUACAGUAGGUUUUAGGAGCAGCUGUAUUAGGAGCCUGAACGAGAAGGUGUGAUUCAUUCCGUCUUGAUGGAAUGAUUUUAAAAGUAUGGGUUCUCUCAACGUUUUGCUACUCUUUGUACAGUUUAAACCUGUGGAAAGUGGUGUGUGUUUAUGGAACCAAGGCCAGUUUAGGUUUUUAUCCCUCUGAGAUGUGUGAAUACUGGGAGCAGUCACCAAGUCACUUUUUUUAGUCCUUUUUUUUUUCUUUUUUUCUUUUUUCCCCCUCUGUAAAUGAUAUGCCCUCUACAUUUUUUUAAAAAACUUGGGAACGAACUUUGCUGUGUGCUGUGCAUCUGGAGUCUUUCUUCCUACAAUAGGAGAGAUCACUGCGGUAAUGGCAGUGUCUGCUCAUCUCAUCUGUCUGCAUUUUGUGUCCAUCUCAUUUUUUAAUGUAGUAAAACAGUUAAUAUAUACAUUUUAUGAAAAUUAUUUUUCUUUUUCAAUUAUGCACCACUGUUCAAAGAUUUUUCUAUCCUAACUUUACAAACUUUACAGCCUUUGUAAUAUUUGAUGGUUUCUUUUAAAAAGACAUUUUAUGUAAUGUUAUUUUUAGUAUUCUGUAAUUAAAAUUAAGAAAAUAAAGCU